GUGAGGAAUCAGCAGUGUAGGCGCACACACGCGAUGAAGAUUGGAUUACAAAAAGAAAGAGGAAAAACAGUGAUUUUAUUUCGCCUCAAUGUGUGGUGUUAAAAUAAGAAGAUUUCAUUCAUCUUUUUUUUGGUGAACCGCGCUUGGAAUUAUUCAUUACCAGAGAUUCUGUGAUUUUCUUUUCCCCUCCCUGCAUGGUUAUUCAAGGGAGAGAGUGGACUGUUGCAAUGUCAUCUCACACCGCUGUUUUGGACCUCUGUGGAAGGGAGAUGCUGGGAUGAAGUGGUUUAGCACCAUGUCCCUCGGCAGCAAAAGGAGUAAAAGGAGGAGUAGAAGGAGCAGCAGUCAUAGCAGUGGAGGUGAAAGUGCACUGCUCUCCCUGGCCCUUUUGGUGGCGGUGACAGUCAUGGUAGACCCUGUGGCAGCACAAAAGCAGCGGACUGGCGGUGGUUCGGAGAAAGUGCCAGUACUGAACAUUGCUGUGAUCCUGGGGCGCACACGCUACAUCUCAGACCGUGAUAUCCGGGCUCUGUGGAGCAAAGAGGACUCUAUCGACGUCAAUGUGGUUACACUGCUGGUCAACGAGACUGACCCAAAAAGCAUCAUCACCCACAUGUGCGACCUGAUGUCAGGGACCAAGAUCCACGGUGUGGUUUUUGGUGAUGGCGCUGACCAAGAGGCCAUUGCCCAGAUUUUGGAUUUUAUUUCCUCACAGACACUCAUACCCAUUUUGGGCAUUCAUGGAGGGUCAUCCAUGAUCAUGGCUGACAAGGAUGUAAAGUCGACAUUCUUCCAGUUUGGUGCUUCUAUCCAGCAGGAGGCUCUGUUAAUGCUGAACAUCAUGGAAGAGUAUGACUGGCAUGUGUUCUCAAUUGUCACAUCAAAGUUUCCUGGAUACCAGGAGUUCAUCAACAUCCUAAAAACUACAGUGGACAACAGUUUUGUGGGCUGGGACCUGCAGAAUAUAAUAACUCUGGAUGCCAUGGAGGAAGACAGCCGGUCUCAGAUCAUGCUCAAGAAGGUCCAGUCUCCAGUGGUACUGCUCUACUGCUCUAAAGACGAAGCGGUAUACAUCUUGGAGGAGGCCCGCUCUCUGGGCCUAACUGGAUUUGGUUACAUCUGGAUUGUGCCAUCACUCACAACUGGGAACCCCGAAAUAACACCAGAAGCGUUUCCAUCGGGGAUGAUUUCAGUGUCAUACGAUGACUGGGACUAUCCAUUGGAGGCACGAGUUCGCGACGGACUGGGGAUCAUAACAUCUGCCGCAGCAGCUAUGUUGGUGGAGUACGGCGACAUCCCUGAAGCCAAAACAUCCUGUUAUGGACAGAUGGAAAAGACAUCAAAGCUGCCACCUAGUGCACUACACAAGUACAUGAUGAAUGUGACAUGGGAUGGCAGAGACUUGUCAUUCACAGAGGAUGGCUACCAGGAAAACCCAAAGCUUGUUGUCAUCGUUCUCAAUAAAGAGAGAGAGUGGGAAAAGAUGGGGAAACUUGACAAUGGCAGCCUGACACUAAAAUAUCCAGUGUGGCCACGGUUCAACUCUUUUGGCGAUGCCGAGAUGGAUGACAACCACCUGUCCAUCGUUACCUUGGAGGAAAAACCUUUUGUUAUUGUGGAGGAUGUUGAAAGACUCACUGGUACCUGUAUGAGGAACUCUGUGCCCUGCAGGAAGCAUAUCAAAGAACUCAACACAACCGAAGCUGGUGGAACGUAUAUCAAAAAGUGUUGCAAAGGUUUCUGCAUUGACAUUCUGAAGAAGAUUGCCAAGUACGUCAAAUUCACCUACGACUUGUACCUGGUUACUAAUGGCAAGCAUGGCAAGAAGAUCAAUAACGUCUGGAAUGGGAUGGUGGGAGAGGUGGUCUAUAAGAAAGCCGUCAUGGCCGUCGGAUCUCUGACGAUCAAUGAGGAGCGUUCUGAGGUCAUCGAUUUCUCCGUCCCGUUCGUAGAAACUGGGAUCAGCGUCAUGGUCUCACGUAGCAAUGGAACUGUCUCGCCAUCAGCUUUUCUCGAGCCAUUCAGUGCAUCAGUGUGGGUGAUGAUGUUUGUGAUGCUCCUACUGGUGACUGCAAUGGCUGUCUUCAUGUUUGAGUACAUCAGUCCUCUUGGCUUUAACAGGAACCUGGCGCAAGGAAAAGACCCCCAUGGUCCUUCUUUUACCAUGGGCAAGGCAGUUUGGCUGCUGUGGGGUCUGGUCUUUAACAACUCUGUGCCAGUGCAAAACCCCAAAGGAACCACCAGCAAGUUCAUUGUGUCAGUGUGGGCCUUCUUUGCUGUCAUCUUCCUAGCCUCCUACACUGCUAACUUGGCUGCCUUCAUGAUUCAGGAGGAGUUUGUUGACCAAGUCACUGGGCUGUCAGACAACAAGUUUCAGAAUCCAUAUGCAUACUCACCUCCGUUCCGCUUUGGGACAGUCCCAAAUGGAUCCACUGAGAGGAACAUCCGCAAGAACUACCCAGCCAUGCACCAGUACAUGGUGAAGUACCACCAAACUGGUGUUGUGGACGCACUUGUCAGCCUCAAAUCAGGUAAACUGGAUGCCUUCAUCUAUGAUGCAGCAGUGUUGAACUACAUGGCUGGAAGAGAUGAAGGGUGUAAGCUGGUGACCAUCGGCAGCGGGUACAUAUUUGCUACCACCGGUUAUGGCAUUGCUCUUCAGAAAGGUUCCUACUGGAAGCGACAGGUGGAUCUGGCCAUCUUGGCUAUCAUCGGAGAUGGUGAAAUGGAAGAACUAGAAGCCCAGUGGCUAACAGGAAUUUGCCAUAAUGAGAAGAACGAAGUCAUGUCCAGUCAGCUUGAUGUGGACAACAUGGCGGGGGUCUUCUACAUGCUGGCCACAGCAAUGGGGCUCUCCCUCAUCACCUUUGUCUCAGAGCAUCUCUUCUACUGGAGGCUGAGAUACUGCUUCACUGGAGUCUGCUCUGGCACGCCAGGACUACUUUUCUCCAUCAGCAGGGGAAUCUGGAGCUGCAUCCAUGGAGUACACAUUGACAUGAAGAAAAAGACAGACCUUGACUUCAGCCCCCAGGACAAAAUGCUUAGGCUAAUUAAAUCUGCCAAACAAAUGACCAACAUGUCUAACCUCAGUGGCUCCCGCAUGAACUCACCUAAACGAGAAUUCAUGCACUCUGCUGGUCCCAUGAUCAUGGACAUGAUGGCAGAGAAAGGCAACUUCAUUUAUGCUGAUAACAGAAGUUACACUCCCAAAGAUAUGAUCUAUGGGGACACUGGUGACCUUCAGUCUUAUCUUGCAAAUCGCCACAAAGAGCACCUCAACAACUACAUCUUUCAGGGUGGGCAGCAUCCCUUGACCCUGAAUGAUGCCAAUCCAAAUACUGUAGAGGUAGCAGUAAGUGCUGACACGGUCCAAACAAAUGCCAAACCUCAGCGAACAUUGUGGAAAAAGUCAACUGACACACUGCGUUCUGUGCCACCGGGGCCUUCUCCAAUCCCUGACAUGCUUAUGCCAGAUCCGCGAAUAUCUAUGAAGACACAGCGCUACCUCCCAGAAGACACAGCCCACUCUGACAUCUCUGACUGUUCAAGCAGGGGAGCCACCUACAAGGAACCAGAAAACAACAAACACCUGAAACCCAAGGACAACUUAAAAAAAAGAUCCGUGACGUCAAAAUACCCUAGGGAUUGCAGUGAGGUGGAGCUGUCCUACUUAAAAACUAAGCAGGUCAGCGGUGGAACCAACCAAAGUGGGGGAGGAGGAGGAGAGAAAAUCUACACAAUUGAUUCAGACAGAGAGAUGAGCCUCCAUUCAGACCCCAUUCACUACCGUGAGAGUCAUGGUCUUGCAGCAGAUGAUUUGGAUUACCCUGAGAUUUACUCUGACCACGGUGAUAACUAUAGAAAGUGUGAGCAGCCAAUCAUUCAUCUGAACUCCUCACCUAUGCAUCACGCGGACUCAGAUCUUCUGCCAGACUCAGCUUACUCUAAACACUACAGCCUAAAAGAGAAAAAUCUUUCCUUCUCCCCUCAUGAAUCCAUUGAUCGCUAUAAACAGACACACUGCCGAUCCUGCUUGUCCAAAGUACCCGCUAGCUACCAACAAGGAGGGCCAUAUGUCUCUGCAGGAUCUGCCACAGCAUCUGGAACGCGGUCUCCAUACAAUCGGUGUGAUGCAUGCCUCCACACAGCCAACUUGUACGACAUCAGUGAGGACCAGCUUUUUGGUGAGCAUCACCAAGAGCAGCAGCAGCCAGAUGAAAUGUUUGGUUUGUAUUGGCCACAGACAGAUGGGCCACAUGUUCAAAAAAGAAACCGCUUGAGGCUAAGUCGUCAGCACUCCUUUGAUAACAUCAUGCUUGAAAAGCCCAAGGAUGUGGACCUGGGCAGGCCAGCACGCAGCGUCAGCCUCAAGGAGAAGGACCGCUUCUUGGACUCAGCAUCUGACUCCCAUUAUGCCAAUCUCUUCGGCAUGCGCCCUUACUCUGGCAGACUCUUUGGCACUGGGUCUAAAUCAAUGCUGUUUAACAAUAACCUUGAGGAAAGCAAGAGAAGCAAGUCCCUGUACCCAACCCAUGGCUCAGAAAACCCUUUCCUCAGUCACUCUCUGAGGGAUGAUACCAGCAGCAGACUGGUCCAUGGGCGUAGCUCCUCUGACAUUUACAAACAGCUGGCAGUAGGUUCUCCUGCAUUGGCGCUAGGAGCAGCUCCCAUCAAAACACGCAAUGAUGCGAACAAUCUUCGCUCAUCUGUUAAAUCCACCUCUUCAUACUGCUCAAGGGAUGGGCGGAUAGCUAAUGACAUGUAUAAUAAAGAGCAUGUGAUGCCUUACUCAGCCAAUAAGACUAGUGCAUACCCAGCCUCAAGGGGUGUCCUAAACUCAGCCCAGUUCAGCAAUAGACGGGUGUAUAAGAAAAUUCCCAGUCUGGAGUCAGAUGUUUAGUUGAUAUAAGAAAUGUUUUCUCUCCCUCUAACUCCUCUAAGGGUUUGUAUUAUAAUUUAUCAACUAUGUUAUCCACUAAGGGAUGUCAUAGCCACCUGACCAUUUUUCUUCUCUUUGACAAUGUAAUCAAAAAAAAAAAAAAAACUUCUGGCCCACUUGGGACACAUUUUAUUGCUAUUACUCUCUCUGCAGAUAAUAUCACCAUAAUAUCCCCAUAUUUGUCCAUUCUCUCCCAUGUACCAUACAGUUUAAUAUUUGGUUAGCACUUUGCUGUAAGGUUAUAAGUGGGAGGAAGAUAACAUAAUAGUGCAAUUUCUUAGAUUGGAUUAGGUUUCUUCAUUGGAGAAAUACUGCUUUUGUAUUAGAAGGAGAGUGAGUUGAUAUGUGCUGGAAAUGAUCACACAUUGAUGAUGGCAGUGAGUUUUUCUGAAGAAGGAUUGAGAAAAAGUGAAAAAGGAGCUAAUGCCUUCAGUGACCUCCUUCUCACCUUUUUUCUUUCUCACGUUUACUGACAAGUUUACUAUCAGAAUGGGUCUGAAAAGGGAGACUAAAUGAGUGAGCCAGACAUAUAGGCAUUCCUGGAGGGCAGGUGUGACCAGCGGUCGGCUGCUUGUUAAGCUGACAAAUGUACCGACGACACCUGGCAUAGAAGGAGGAUAGAAAGAGGAUGAUAGGGUGAGCAAAUAAGUGAAAGACUGGAACAGCUGGCAAUUUCUGGAAGUUAGUGAUUGCAGGUUUAGUCAGACUGUGGUUUUCUAUUUUAAAAACCAUGUAAACGACACUACAUUGAUGAGAAGAUGAGAACAAUGCAGAUGCUACAAAAUGAAUAAUGUUUACAAGCUGAAAAAAGCCAGACUUAGAAAAUGGCUUACAAAAAGAAAAGACAAGACGGGAAGGAUGAAGGGCAUUUCAUUCUUCGCACUGCACAUAUAAAAUGAUUGCAAAGUCUUACGUUGUUAUUCUAUUCAGCUAUAAGACUUAAAAAUCUAUAUAGAAAUUUUGUGUUUGCUUAUUUGGUAGCACAAUAGCAAUUAGUCAAAAAAAAAACUCUCUCCCACAUUUGCAUUUGAAAAAAAGGCAUAGCUUACUGAAAAAAAUCCUCAGGAGUAGUAGGUUAUUUUGCAUGUGUUUAUUUUUUUUUCCUUCAUAAGAAAAUAAAAUCCACAAAAAUACUUAAACACACAUUCAUUAUGUUUCUGAAAAGGGCAAGGUUAAAGGUGGUGGAUGGAUAUUGUACAAUGCAAUCUUUUAACUCUGACCUUUAAACAUAGUAAACCUGUAAAGAUAAGGAUCAAAGGGAACAAAGAUGUUAGAACCAAAAGGGGAAAGAUGACAACCAUGUCUUCCAUCACCUUGUCUGGUACAGGGAUAAUUUUGUCUUUUGACAUCUCUGCCGCUAAAAACAGGGUAUUUAGCUAGAAAAAAAAAAAACCUCCUGUAAUCCCUUUCUUCUCUGUUUUCCUUCAUCUACGUAUAGUGUGUUCAACAAUAAUGGAAUAAUUUCAUUACAUUUAAGUCAAGUUUAUUCUUAAUUGACAGAACAAGGAUUUGCAGUUUAUUAGUAUUUAAAGGGCAUAUAUCUUCAUUUUUAUAAUGAUUCCUUUUUAUUUGUUUUCAGGCUCAAGGUUCACGAUAAUUAAUUUUCAUGACAAAUUAAGAAAUCUAAAAACCAUUAAAGAAAAAAUAGAGGUUGAAAAUUGCUGAAGAGUAAUUGUGUUGGGUCUGAAAUGGUGAACUCAGAAGUAUUGAUACCAAAAGAAAUUGUUGCAGAUGAACAUAAGCACUUGAGUUAAGCAUUUAGGAUAACCAAGAGCAGUUAUUGGUGUAAUGUAAUCAGUGGAUGUCAGCGGAAAUACAAAAGAAAAAAACCACCUAAAAAACAAUGUAUGUUCUUGCAUGUUCUCGAUAAAUUUUAUACUUGUAAGCAAGCUAUCGCUGCCUUGAUGGUCUGGCUGAUUUCUUUCCUAAUUGUAGCAUUAAUAGUGUCAUGUCCUCUUCUCUCAGGUUUGGGGUGUCCCUUCCCUUAAAUCAAAGAUUCUAAUUGUUUCAUAAUCUUCAGGCAAAAAAAUCUUUAUUUUGAUCUUAAAAGCAAAAGUAUUCACUCCGUCAGGCUUUCUGUAUUGCUGAUAAGUGCAAUCACAUCCAUUUGACAAUUUCCUGAUAAAAAGCUAAUUUAUUAUUAACACUAGGACUCCCAGAAUUCUAACACUACUAGAACUCCCAAGCCAGUUAAUUUUAUGGCGAGUAUUCUGGAUUAUAUUGGUCAGAAUGCUAAAGGUUUUCUUGCACGGCAUAAAAUUAUGGUUUUGACAAGAAUUAAUAAUAGUAUUUGAUCAAAACCUAUUAUGUUUUAUUA